AUGUAUACUACGAUACUUCUUAAUCACUGCUUAACAGCAAUCACCAUCCUUCUGAAUAUCGCAUCAGCUCAACAUUAUAAUUGGUUAUCGCUGGCAUUAUCAUCAACAGCACAGUAUUCGCCAGCAUUUCAUGCAGCAUCUGAUUACGAUAAGCAGCAAUAUCGAAUACUGUGUGAGCGACUAUUGGGUUUAAAUCCAGCCCAAAUUAGUAUUUGUCAACAGCAUCCGUUUGCAAUUCCGUCAAUUGGACGUGGUGCGAGGGAUUCAGUUGUAGAAUGUCAAGCACAAUUCAAGUUUGAAAGAUGGAACUGUUCAGAAAGGAUAAGUAAACAUUCGAAUGUAACGGCAAAUGGUUUCCAGGAUUUGUUAGGCCAAACACUUCGAGCUGCCGUUGCUAGCGCGGGUAUUGUGCAUGCUAUCACGAAAGGAUGCAGUGCUGGUAAUUUAACAGAAUGCGGUUGUGACAGUCAGCCAGGUGGACAACGAUACACAGAUUUGGAUCAUGCAAGUGCAAUAGGACGAGAAAAAUUCUCAUGGGGUGGUUGUUCGGAUAACUCGAAAUAUGGCGUUCAUUUUGCUAAGCAAUUCCUGGAUCGUUUUGAACGAGAACAGUACGAGAAAGAUCGUGAUAUAAGACAUCUGAUGAAUCUUCAUAACAAUUUUGUCGGUCGUGAAGCAAUUGUGCAAAAUAUGCGUAAACAGUGUCGAUGUCACGGUGUUAGUGGUUCAUGCGAAUUUAAAACUUGCUGGUUACAAAUGCCCAGGUUUGCAGAAAUUGGUGAAAUGCUAAAACAACGCUAUAAUCAUUUUGCCGUACAGGUAGCAAAAAGGGCAAAAAAACGUUUACGAAGGAAAGAACGUUCGGAAAGAAAAAAACCGUUACGUGGUAACGAGAUUGCUUAUAUUAACAAAUCACCGAAUUAUUGUGAGCGAAAUGAUGCCGAAGGUAUUCUUGGUACGCAUGGCCGAGAAUGUAAUCAAUCAUCGCUUAAUUCGGAUAGUUGCGAUCUAUUAUGUUGCGGUCGCGGCUACAAUACAAAAGAGGAGAUACGUACGGUGCAGUGUCAUUGCAAAUUUGUUUGGUGCUGCUCCGUGAAAUGCAAAACAUGCACGGAGAAAGUUCUUGUUCAUACAUGCAAAUAG